AUGAGGUACCUCACCCCCGACUCCAAGUGCAACUACGAGUGCCCGGCCGGAUACUGGGAGCGUGGCACUGAAGAGGUGGGCGGCACCUGCGAGCUGUGCUCGGAGAACUGCAUGGAGUGCAGCAGCGAGAAGGUGUGCGAGGUCUGCAAGAACGACUACUUCCUGGAUCCCACGAGCGGCACCUGCAAGACGGAGUGCCCGGACGGGUUUUGGGAGCAGGUGCCGGAUGAGAAGGUGGACACCGGCCGCACCUGUGAGAUGUGCUCAUCUCCCUGCAACAAGUGCAGCUCAGGGAGCGUUUGCACCGAGUGCAAGGACUCGGCCUCUUUGACGCCCUUCCACACCUGCGAGUACACCUGCCCCCCCGGGUACUUCCCCGACGGCGUGGGAGAGAUCAACAUCACCUGCCAGCCCUGCUCCAAGAACUGCGCCGCCUGCGACACCUUCGAAGUCUGCACCACCUGCAAGAACGACCAUUUCCUGCAGCCAGAUGGCAGUUGCCUGGAGCGUUGCCCGGAUGGCUACUGGCACCUCCCAGCCCCGGGGGGCGUGGGCAACGCCUGCCCCCUUUGCGCGGAGAACUGCAGUCUCUGCACCAGCCCGACGGUGUGCCAGGAGUGCCGCAACUCCACAUAUCUCUCCCACUACAACUGGUGCGAGGAUGAAUGCCAAGACGGCUACUUCGAGGAUGGCACCGGGGACCUGGGCCGGACCUGCAAGGUGUGCCCUUCCACGUGCAACAAGUGCGAGGCGGAGGACCACUGCACUGAGUGCAAGGCCUCCAACUACCUCACCCACUACUUGGGCUGUGAGCUGACUUGCCCGGCUGGGUACUACCCCAACCGCACCCGGGAAGUAGGCGGGGAAUGCGAGACCUGCCCGGAGCAAUGCACGCAGUGCACCACCGCGACGACCUGCUCAGAGUGCAAGAACGGCCUCUACCUCAAUCCCAGCGGCUGGUGCGAGGACAGCUGCCCCUUGGGCCACUAUGCCCAGGAGGGCACCAGUGGAGUUGGGGGGACCUGCCCCAUGUGCCCGGAGAACUGCCACAGUUGCAACAGCGCAGAGGAGUGUACGGUGUGCAGGGACUUCACCCAUCUCACCGAGUACAACCAGUGCAGAUCAGAGUGCCCUUCUGGAUACUUCGAGAACGGCACCAACAGCCUGGGCGGGAACUGCAACAGGUGCCCGUCCCCCUGCAACCUCUGCGAGACCGGGAACGUGUGCACCGAGUGCGCGCAAGCGGCCUACUUGACACCCACAGGAGGCUGCGAGUACGAGUGCCCAGACCGGUACCACUUCGAGGGCAGCGAGGACGUGGGGCGCUUCUGCAAGGUCUGCCCGCGGACCUGCUUCAACUGUCACAGCCAGGAGCAGUGCACGAGCUGUCAGAACUUCACGUACCUCACGCCGGCCGAGACGUGCGAGUACACCUGUCCGGACGGCUACUACCGCCAGGGCAUCGACGAGUUCGGCAACACCUGUCCGCCCUGCCCAGGCGACGUGCAGAGAUGCAUCAGCGCCACCUAUGCCACAGAGUGCAAGAACAAGCGGUACCUGACGCCAUCUGCUACCUGCGAUGAAGGCUGCCCAGACGGCUUCUACAAGCAGGGCCUGGGCGAGGUGGGCCGAACCUGCCCUCGCUGCGCGCAGAACUGCACGCUCUGCACGGACGCGACCACGUGCCAGCAGUGCAAAAACGGGCAGUACCUCACCCACACGAACUGGUGUGACCACGAAUGCCCGGAUGGCUACUACAAGAGCGGGGACGGCGACGUCGGGCGGUUCUGCAAGAUUUGCCACGCCUCCUGCAAUACCUGCCUGGGUCCAGACGUGUGCACCGAGUGCAAGCAGGGCACCUACCUGACCCCCGCCGGGACCUGCGAGCUGGACUGCCCGGAGGGCCACUACGCCCUCCCCGGCGCCAACGCCAUCGGCGGCACCUGUCCGGUGUGUCCUGAGAACUGCGCGGAGUGUGCGGCCGAGACGAAGUGCACGCUGUGUGCCAACAGCACCUACCUGCACGACCAGCAGUGCAAACCCCGAUGCCCAGACGGCUGGUACCACACGGGGGAGGAUGCCUGGAACCGGGAGUGCGCUUCCUGCAAGCCGGGAUGCAGCCAAUGCACGGACCACGAUUUCUGCACGGAGUGCAAGGAUGGCUUGUUCCUCACGCCCGAGGGCAAGUGCGAAGGGACCUGCCCGGAUGGCUUCUUCCCGCUGCCGGGCUCGGAGGGCCUCGGGGGAGCGUGUCAGCUCUGUGCGGAGAACUGCACCAAGUGCAAUUGGUGGGACCAGUGCCUGGAGUGCAGGGCCUCGAAGUACCUCACGCACUACAAGUGGUGCGCCGAGGGCUGUCCCGCUGGCUACUACAAGGAAGGCUCCGGCGACGUGGGACGAAUGUGCAUGGAGUGCCAAGAGAAUUGCAACCUCUGCGAUGGCGCUGGGGUCUGCACCGAGUGCAAGAAUUCCACCUACCUCACGGCCGCCCAUCAGUGCGAGAGCGAAUGCCCCUUCGGCUUCUUCCACGAGGGCUUCCGAGACGUGGGCCGCACCUGCCCCCCCUGCGGCCGAAACUGCCAUCAAUGCCUCUCCGCGACGGAGUGCCUGCAGUGCAAGAACAGCACCUACCUGACGCCGAAGCAGGACUGCGCCGAGACCUGCCCUGGGGGCUACUACGGCCAGGGCGAGCAGCUCAUGGGCAACACCUGUGAGAAGUGCUCCAAAGACUGCGCCCACUGCGAGGGCAUCGAGACCUGCACCGAGUGCACGAAUUCCACGUACCUGACGGGCAACAAGUACUGCGCCGGCGAGUGCAACACAGGCGCCAUUGAGACCGGGGAUACGGUGAGCGGCCGCGUCUGCGAGCAGCUCUGCUUCUGGUGCGACUAG